UUGCAAUCCUAAGACCUUUACACUUUAUGCAAGACCCGUUGCCGCCCCCGGUCGUGGGACUUCGUCUCCCCCUUCGCAGACACGAGUUCUUCUGCUCUUUUGCCCCUGUUCCCUGCUCCCCUUCCCUUGGAUGUUCCAGAGAAGACGUGUGACUUUGAAAGGUGUUAGCCCUAGCAGGAGCUGUUCAUGCCGUCAAUAAAAAUUCAACGUAUCCUCCAUUUCCGGAAGGAGUGCAGAUGGCAAUAUUUGGCAUGGGAUGUUUCUGGGGAGCAGAAAAAAUGUUUUGGAAACUGCCGGGUGUCUUCUCCACACAGGUGGGCUUCUCAGGAGGCUUCACUCCCAAUCCUACCUACAAAGAAGUCUGCAGCGGGAUGACAGGACACACAGAGGUGGUCCGAGUGGUAUUUGACCCACAGAAGAUCAGCUAUGAAAAGCUCCUCCAAUUUUUCUGGGAGAACCAUGAUCCAACCCAAGGGAUGAAGCAAUACAAAGACAUUGGCACACAGUAUCGCUCAGCCAUCUAUACUAUUGGAGCAGAACAGUUGGAAUCUGCCUUAAGAUCCAAGGCAACAUAUGAACAGGAGCUGGCUAAGAAGCAACUGGGGCCAAUCACUACCGAGAUUCGGGAGGCUGGCAAAUUCUACUAUGCUGAAGAUUACCACCAGCAAUAUCUCCACAAAAACCCGAAUGGCUAUUGUGGCCUACAAGGCACCGGCGUUGCCUGCCCCAUAGGCAAAUGAGAGUUCCCCAAGGGGAGUAUCCUUGGGAGCCACGGUAAUCAUAACCCUUGAACAGUUACCAUGGCAACCGGGCGGCCUAGCAUCUUUGUAAUUCAACUGUGAUUUAGCCACGGGGGCCUUUGUUCCUUCUUUUGUGUCUUGUAGGACUCUGUAAGAUUUGGGGACGGGGCGAAAAUGGGCAGCCUGCUGGAAGAAUUUGCUGUGAACGGUAAUGCUUUGUGUGGAAGUGAUAAAUAGGUUUCCACCCGAUGCAGAUGUUUGGGAUUGCCUGACAAGGCGCUGAUAAAUACACAUUAUGCA